CUCUCCCUGCCCCAGUGGAUAGACUCACUCCCCCUCAGUAGACCUAUGAUCACCUUCAUGUUAUAUUCUAUACUUCAGAUGAUGUGUUCUCCUCUCCCUGCCCCAGUGGAUGGACUUACACACCCUCAGUUCACAGGUGUUAUAAAAUGUCCAGUGAUUCUCAGACGUUCCCAGUGGCCAGGACAAAGUGCCGUGAGAUGGGAGGAAUCCUGGCCAUGCCAAAGUCUGCAGCCUUACAGGAUGCAAUGGUUUCUAUAAUAAUAAUCAUGAGAGACUAUUGGAUUGGCCUGGAGCGCUUCAUAACACCAUCAAAUGAGUACAUCCUGGUCUGGGAGGACGGCACACAGUUGGAUAUUGGCAAUGACUAUGAUAACAUAUGUUCAUGUGAAUAUAGAGAAAUAGGUGACUACUGUGCUGCAGUGCGUGUGAGUUACAUCGUUUUUCCUGCCUGGGGAGACUUGAGCUGCACAAAUUUCAGGACUUAUAUCUGUGAAAUAGCAGAGUGUGAAUUCCCAUCUAUUCCAAAUGUUGUUGAAGAAUGGGGAGGGAAGCUGGCAGGAGCCAGUAUCACCUACACCUGCCUGCCUGGGUACAAAGUGGUCUCUGGGGACACCACCAGGACCUGUCUAUUCAAUGGAACCUGGAGUGGCUCACCGCCUGUCUGUGGAUAUGGCGGGAGCUGGUUGGCCUGGGGAGCCUGGGGUGAUUGCUCUGUGCUGUGUGGGACAGGAACCAUAUCCAGAAACCGUACCUGUCACGAUCCAAAUGUGCCCAGUGAACAGGCCCUGUGUACAGGUGGCGCCACCAACUCAACCCAGACAGCGACCUGCUUGGAUCAAAUCUGCCCACAUUGCAACACAAUGAACUGCCUAGGGCUGUGUAUAGUGAGAGAUCUACACUCCUACUGUGUCUGCCCUCACAGUGUGGAAGACAAAGUUGGCACAGUUGAACACUCAGCGCUCUACAUAAUACAGAGGUGUACUGGUCAGUGUAAGCUGUCUUACCCUGGAGCCAAGGUGUCCAUACUUAAUUGUCCAGUUGUCUCUCUAGGUGUACUGGUCAAUGUAAGCUGUCUGACCCUGGAGCCAAGGUGUCCAUACUUAAUUGUCCAGUUGUUUCUCUAG